GCGGCUGCGUCCGGCCUUGCACUUCCGGCGGGAAGGUGCCUGCCGGGAGCGCCGCAGGUGGAGCAGACCUGGAGCCUGUGGGCCCUGCAUCCAGUUAACCAUGGAAACGGUCAGCUCAGGCCACCAGCCCCUUGGGUGAGGACUCCGCGUGGGGCUCCAUUGACCGUUCUGAAUCAUGGAGGCGAAGAGAACUCCUCUGGCCAGGAGAUGUUCUUGUUGAAAGUCCUGGUCCAUCUCAGCGGGCUCUUCCCACAGUCUGUCUUCAAGAGAGGUGCCUGCCCCGCUGCCCCAGGAGCUAGGGUGUUGCAGCUUCCACGGAUGGGGAGGUGGGCCCUGGACGUGGCCUUUGUGUGGAAGGCGCUGUUGACUCUGGGGCUGGUCCUUCUCUACUACUGCUUCUCCAUCGGCAUCACCUUCUACAACAAAUGGCUGACGAAGAGCUUCCAUUUCCCCCUCUUCAUGACGAUGCUGCACCUGGCCGUGAUCUUCCUCUUCUCUGCCCUGUCCAGGGCUCUGGUUCAGUGCUCCAGCCACAGGGCCCGCGUGGUGCUGAGCUGGACCGACUACCUCAGAAGGGUGGCUCCCACAGCACUGGCGACAGCACUUGACGUGGGCUUGUCCAACUGGAGCUUCCUCUACAUCACUGUCUCUCUGUACACAAUGACCAAAUCCUCAGCCGUCCUCUUCAUCUUGAUCUUCUCUCUGAUCUUCAAGCUGGAGGAACUGCGUGCAGCACUGGUCCUGGUGGUCCUCCUCAUUGCUGGGGGUCUCUUCAUGUUCACCUACAAGUCCACACAGUUCAACAUGGAGGGCUUCGCCUUGGUGCUGGGGGCCUCGUUCAUUGGUGGCAUUCGCUGGACCCUCACCCAGAUACUCCUGCAGAAGGCUGAACUCGGCCUCCAGAACCCCAUCGACACCAUGUUCCACCUGCAGCCACUCAUGUUCCUGGGACUCUUCCCUCUCUUUGCUGUCUUUGAAGGUCUCCAUUUGUCCACAUCUGAGAAAAUCUUCCGUUUCCAGGACACAGGGCUGCUUCUGCGGGUACUUGGGAGCCUCUUCCUUGGCGGGAUUCUCGCCUUUGGUUUGGGCUUCUCUGAGUUCCUCCUGGUCUCCAGAACCUCCAGCCUCACUCUCUCCAUUGCUGGCAUUUUUAAGGAAGUCUGCACUUUGCUGUUGGCAGCUCAUCUUCUGGGCGACCAGAUCAGCCUCCUGAACUGGCUGGGCUUUGCCCUCUGCCUCUCGGGAAUAUCCCUGCAUGUUGCCCUCAAAGCCCUGCACUCCAGAGGUGAUGGUGGCCCUAAGCCCUUGAAGGGGCUGGGCUCCAGCCCCGACCUGGAGCUGCUGCUCCGGAGCAGCCAGCAGGAGGAAGAUGACAAUGAGGAGGAGCAGUACUUUGUGGCUCAGGGGCAGCUGUGACCAGCCAGGGGGAGCAGCUUGCAAGCAGACCCCUUCCCCUCCCAUCCUGCUGCCAACACUUGCCAGCGGCUCAGGGCCCAGGUGGCUCUUCACGGCAGCUGAGAGCAGUGGCCAGUGAGUCACCCGGGUUUGACCGUGUGGUGAGGCUAGGUCAGAGGAUCUCUCCCUUUGGAGCUUGGCCAAACAGGUGGUGAGCACCCGGCCAGUCUGGGACCCGGCGGGGGGCAGGGACCACGCUAUGCUAGAAUCUCAGCAGGAGAAGGGCGAGGGCUGGUUCUUCCCAACCAUUUGCCGCGCUCUGGCAGCCAAGACUGGUUUCAGAGGCAUAAUGGCUUUCCAGUGGGCUGGGUUUGGCCUACAGAGCAACCGGGACGGGGACCUGGCGAGGUCAGGGCCUCAUCACCUGCGGGCGGCUUUUCUCAGAGAACUGAUUUAUUUAUAGUUUUGAAAUAAAUGGUUCGCGGUUCA